GCACCGCCGCGGGGCCAUGGCUCUCCUCGGCCCGCCGCCCAGCCGGACCUCGGAGGCGGAGAUGGCCCUUUACUACCAGCUGCUGCGCAGCGCCGCCCGCACCGAGGCUUCGGCCGCCGCCGAAUCAGCUUUCCCAUCGCCGGCCAGGGAGUUUGCCGCAGACCCGAUAAAGGGAAUUGCAUUUCUUUCUGGUGGGAGAGGAAAAGACAAGGAAUGGAUUGUCACGUUUCCUGAAAAUCCCAGCUUCAGCCAAGUCCCCGAGGAGGUGGUAACAAAAGUUUUAACCUACCUCACAUGGAUUCCAAGCCAUCAUGGACCGGACAGCAAAUUUAUCCUCAUUCUGGACAGAAGGUUAGAUACAUGGACGUCAGUCAAGAUGGCUCUCCAAAGAAUAGCAACCUCUUUUCCUGGCAGUCUCCACCUCGUGAUGGUUCUGCGCCCCACCGGGUUUUUUCAGCGCACUUUUACCGACAUUGGCUUCCGGUUUCGCCAGGAGGAUUUCCUUCUCAAACUGCCGGUUGUAAUGCUGAGCUCAGUCAGUGAGUUAUUGACAUACAUCGAUGAAAAACAGUUGACACCUGAAUUCGGAGGCACUUUGGAGUACUGCCACAGUGAAUGGGUCAUCUUCAGGACGGCGAUAGAAAGCUUUGCACUCACAGUGAAGGAAACGGCUCAGAUGCUGCAGUCUUUUGGCAUGGAGUUGGCUGAAACUCAACUCCCGGAUGAAACAUAUUCCAUUGAGCACAUCCUGGCCCUGCGGACAGAGAAAUACUAUCAGCUAAAGGCAAACAUCACCACAGUAACCAAAGAAGGGAAGAUGUUGCUGUGUAGUUUAGAAGAUCCAGACCUGGAAGAUCUGGGAAAGGAGCAUCAACAAGAGAGAUCAGGCGACUGGGAGACUGUUCAUCGUUUACUCACCCAACUCCACGAGAUGGAAAUAGCUUUUGAUGGAUUCUGGGAGAAACAUCAGCUGAAGAUGGAGCAGUAUCUACAGCUGUGGAAAUUUGAGCAACAUUUUCAAGAGCUCAGUAAAGCCCUGGAAUUCUUAACGGCCCAGCAACGGGAAUUGUCGGACACUGGAGAAAAUAUCUCUCAAGUGAAGCAAAGGCUUUCUGAGCUGGAUAACUUGGAGAAAACAGCACAGGAUUUAACAGGAAAGGCUCAAGUGGUGAUUCUUCACGGACACCAGCUGGCUGCCAACCACCAUUAUGCCCUCAACUUGAUUUGCCAACAGUGCAAUGAAUUGCGCCACCAUUCUGACAUCUUGUUGGAGGAAAUCAAAAGGAAACACAACAGGCUCCAGCAAACAUUGGACCUCCUCACCUCUCUGCAGCAGGCCAUGGAAUGCUGUGAUGAAGGUGUGUAUCUUCUAGCCAACCAGCCGCUGGAUAAAUGCCAGUCCCGGGAAGGUGCUCAGAAAGCUCUCCAGGACAUAGAGAAGUUUCUUGAGAACAAUUCACUGCAUUUAACCAUAGACCCCCAAGCUCUGUCCUCUAACGUUCAUCUCAUCUUAACGCCGGAGCUCAAGGCCCGGAUACAGAUGGUCCAGAUCAAGCUGGAGAACGUGCGCAGUAUGUUUGAGAACCGACAGGCUUGCUUCAGAAAGCUUGCGGACAAGCAAGCACGCCCGGUGCAGCUUGUAGCCCCACGGCCAGAAUGCCCACCCCGGUCUAAAUCUCCGCUGUUUUCCCCCAAACAUGGUGUGGAUUUCAAUUCCAGUUUGAAAUUUUCCUUUGAUAUCUCGCUGCCUGGCAAGAAAACUUCAAGGAAAUCUCAAAACUCCCGCAAGAUUGAAGUAGUGCACAAUUAUCAAGAGAAACGAAAUUCCUUGCAGUACUACAUUACCGAAAGUGAAGACAGCAUAGACGCAUUGAAAAGCCAUGUUAUACAUGAACUGAUACAAACUGAACGAGUGUACGUUGAGGAGCUUUUUACUAUUUUGAUGGGGUACCGAGCUGAGAUGGAUAACCCUACCAUGGCUUUUCUCUUACCGCCCCUUUUGAGAAGCUGCAAAGAUGAUCUCUUUGGAAACAUGCCUGAGAUUUACGACUUCCACAACAAUAUCUUCCUCCACCAUCUGGAGAGUUGCCUUGAAGCGCCAGAGAGAGUUGGAUACUGUUUCUUGGAAAGGCGGGAGGAUUUUCAGAUGUAUGAGAAGUACUGUCAGAAUAAACCACGAUCAGAAUCUCUCUGGCAGCAAUAUGCCGAGAAUCUCUUCUUUCAGGAGUGCCAAAAAAAACUAGAACACAAGCUCAGUCUGGAUUCCUACUUGCUCAAACCGGUGCAGAGGUUAACCAAGUACCAGCUGCUUCUCAAGGAACUGCUGAAGUACAGCACGAGCUGCAAUGGCGUGCAGGAAUUGCAAGAGGCCUUAGCUGCCAUGCUGGAUUUGGUCAAGUCAGUCAAUGACUCCAUGCAUCAGAUUUCCAUCACUGGCUACGAUGGGGACCUCCGCGCGCUUGGCAAAGUGCUGAUGCAGGGCUCCUUCAGCGUGUGGGUGGGGCACCGGAAAGGGCCGACCAAGAUGAAGGACCUGGCCCGGUUCAAGCCGAUGCAGCGGCACCUUUUCCUCUACGAGAAGGCGCUCGUCUUUUGCAAGAAAAGAGAGGAGCAGUGUGACAGCCAUGACAAAAGGUCGUCCUACAGCUUUAAGCACUUCUUGAACAUGAAUGCUGUCGGAAUCACGGAGAAUGUUAAAGGGGAUCCUCGCAAGUUUGAGGUCUGGUACAGCGGCCGGGAGGAAGUCUAUGUUGUGCAGGCUCAAACAGUUGAUCUGAAGAUGGCCUGGCUAAAUGAAAUACGAAAGGUCUUGUUCAAGCAGCAACAGCUUAUCAAAGUUGAGAAGCCAGUACCAUCUUUGUGUCCUGACACAAUUCAGCUUUCUCCUCCGUUGAGUGAUGGGAAACCACCAAGAGCUUCUGUAAGUUCAGAGGAGAAUGACUCUGAACACACCAGCCCCAUUGCUGUGGAGUGCUUAGCUUCCUCUGUUCAGAACAAACCAAGCAGAUCUUGGUCAGGCACGUCCCAUUCAUUAGAAAUCUGUGAAGGGCUUGAAGAGUGGUCCAGCCACCAUUACUUCUCAACCUGCUCUGACACCGAAGAAGAAGAUGGCAACCAACUGUCUCCAGGAAAAUAUAAAGCCUUAGCAGAUUGCAAGAAGAAAGAUUCAGAUGAACUUCUGGUGAAGAACGGGGAUGUCAUUCAGCUCUUGCACAAAGAUGGAGAGGGACAGUGGUUGGUCAAAAACCUCAACCGGAGUGAAGAAGGCUGGGUGCCCUCCAACAGCCUGCAGAUAGUCCUCGGGGACUGUAGGUUUCGGAGUACCAGAGUCACAGGUAUUCCUGUGAUGACAAGCGACUUGCUCAUCUGAACUGUUUCAGUGUUGGCAUGCGCAGGAGUCUGGAGGAGUGGGCACUGCUUUGCUUGCUUGCUUAGAAUAAUCCUGACUUUUGCGAAGAUAAAGCAGAGGGUGGGGAGAGAUCGAUAAUCUAAGAUGUUCCAGGAAGUUAGUAUUUAGCAAUAGUAUUAGGCACUCUUUCUUCCUUUUUCUCCUUCUCUUCUCCUUCCUUGUCUCCUUCUCCUUCUCCUGCUUCCUAAUACGCUUCAGGAAAUUGGCACUUAGCAAUAGUAUUAACCCCCCCCUCCUCCUCCUCUGAAUAUACUCUCCAUUCUUCAUUCUUCUUCCUCUUUCUUCCUUGUCCUCUUCCUCCUCUCGUGGUUUGGUUUGGAGGACAACAAAUGAACUGAGCAAGACUUGAAAAAAAAAAAGAAGAAACUCUACUUGAAUGAGAGGACGUAACGUCCAGUCCAGAAAAAGCCAUAUCAGUGACUUGCCCCCGGGUAACAGAUGUGCCUAUGAGAAUCGAUCCCUUCCGUCGAAUGUGGAUGCAUGACUUAUGUGUUUGGUCUGCAAGUGAUGAGGAAUAGACGCAUGCUUGCUUGUUCAGACUGAAAAUGAAGAUGGUUUGCUAAGAUUCUGUUCAAAGAAUCCGAGUCUGCAUUUUUUUAAAAAAAGGCUUGUAUUUUAUCACCCCGGUUGCUGUUGUGGCCAUCCACAUUCCUAAAGGGGGUGUCAGUUUUUCAUGGGAGGAAAAUAAAGGUGAUCAUAAGAAUAGUGGGUGAUAGAAACCAAGCCUUGUAUUUUAUGGAAAGAGACCAGCUCUCCCCUUCUAUGGGAAUGCUUAUGUGACCUUCCUGAUUACUUGCUCUAAAUAUUUUGAAUUGUUUCUAUAUCUUUAAGAGAAAUUAUUUUAUUUAUUCAGUUUUUCACAGUGUCGUAAUCGUUUGCAACUCUUGAUGGUGUACAAAAGAUUUCUGUUUGCUCCCAGGUUGUGCUCCAUGUUAGCGAACGUAGGAUUUUCCUAUUUUCUCUUCUUCACUGAUAUGGAGAUUUCAGUGUUUUUCCCCCUGCUUCCUGAAAAUAGUAUUCAAACAACAAAUAGCAUGAAUAAGGUACCCCCUUUAUAAUUCCCCUAGCUGGGGAAUUCUGGGAGUUGAAGUCCACGCAUCCUAAAGUUGCCAGAGUUGAGAAACACUGCCCCUAAAAACACCUGAUUUUGCCAAAUCUUGCCUACCAUCUUCUCUUUCCCCACCUGAAAUGUUUUAUCAAAUCAUCGAUGGGACUAUAUUGUGCUAUGCUUGGGGGCCACAUUGUCAAAUCCGGUAAGGGUUAGGGUUGGUAAGGUGCAAACUGGUAAGGCGCACCCCAGACAGAAGACAUCUAAGGAGGUAUUACUUCAGUGGGGGGAAACUUCCUUUGAGAGUAGUUAAUGGGUUUGCAUGUCUUUUCCAAGAAGAUGCUAAACAGUCGAGGAAGUCUGGUGGUUGUGAACAUCCAGGAUAAUAGGCCAUGGUCUAAUUAUCUGGCCUCCUGAUACAUAUCUGGUAUCUUUCAAAGACAGACCAGUCAACAAUUAGCUCCUUUGAAAUGUCUUCAGAACAGAACAAUUACAAAUCCACUUGGACGAAGAACCGAUCAGAAACUGGCUUUUCAGAACUGACACGGUCCAAUUAGAGAUUAACUCAGUUAUGAAUACAAGAGCUCAGUCAGUUCGUGCCUGGUGGCCUGGAGCUGCCAAGAAGCCAGCUGCAGAGCACAUCGCUUUGCCGUUGAAAAUGCCAGCCACCCUUGCUGGCAAAAUGUCAGGAUACCACAUAAUUAGACUACGGCCUAUUAGCCCAGAAGCUGAUCACCAUUGGACAGACACUGGCCAUAAAAGCCUGCCUCAGUAUACAUCAAACAAGCUUUCUAACUUGCAUUUUAGUUGGAGAGAGGAAGAUCUGAGUUUCAACGUUUUGCAGGCUUGCUUGCUAAACAUUUUGCAGGUGCUGGGAGGGAGGGACAUUGUUGCCCAAAAAAUUGAUCAGUGGCCUUGCAAAGCACUCAGAUGCACUCCCUAUGCACUUUAAAGAUUUUCGUUUGCAAGCUCACGUGCAAAUAGCCUUAAUUUAGGUCCUGUCUGCAGUCUGCUAAAGAGACAGGUAAAGAUUUCCUUUCUGAUGGCUUUUGACAACUGCAAAAUGAUACCUGUGUUUACGAUUCAUUCCUUUAGGGAUCUAGGGAUGGAAGAGGACUACCUAGCAGCAAGGAGCCAUGCGCUCUUGGGAUCUGUGCCUUCUGACAUUUAAUGCUGCUCUCCAUUGCUUUUUAGACGCUGCCCAGGAUAGGAUGAGGAAAUUAAGCUCCCCCUGAAUUUAACGAAUUAAGGCCAAGCCCUGUGUGAAUGCUCCAGUGGAGGCCUGAAAUGGUAACAAGGGACAGAGAGGGCAAUUAGACUUAUUCUGUCAUCUGUCCUCCUAAGCAGGUGACAGCCCUUGGCUGAUCUGGUCUGGGCUCAGAAGCUAAGCAGGAUCAGGCCUGGUUAGUACUUGGAUGGGAGAACAUCAGGGCUCUAGGCUAGAUGGGAAGUUGGAAAACUUUCCAGAAGAAGACAGUUGCAAGCUUCUCAUGUGCUGUUGUUGAGGAAACUCUAUGGACGUAUCCCUGUAGUCAUCAGGAUUGACCUCGACUCGAAGGAAACGUUGCCUUUUCAUCAUCGAAACAUCACACCCUCACCGACUUUCAUUGCGACCAUCAUUGGGAGCCAUUCUUUCCUCUUCUUUUUCAUUUUCCUUCCCUCCCUUCUGUGGAAAAGCACCAUUUUGUUUUGACCCAAGGACGCAACCUCAUCUUCCUCUCCACAGCGUCUCCCGGGCGUCCUUUGAUUAUUUCCAUGGCUUUGGAGAAAAUUGAAGGGUGCGCUUCCUGCUUUUCCAACCACCCUUUGUUGGGAUUGGCUGGACUUGACUAAGGUCAGGUGGGUCUCAACUAAACAGUGGCCCUAAUAAGCCAACUUCAGUAGGUUUUGCAGGAACCUUGAGAUCAAUGAAAUGUCACUCUCUUUUUGCUGUGAAGAGUCUAAGAAAGACUCUGCCAUACAUGGGCUGUGUCUCCAGACUUGGUCAAUUGGCAGCUCCAGAUUGUAGGCAUCUCACUGUGGAUUCCUCCACAUUGGUGAAGGGUCUAGCAAAGUUUGCACAGUACUUUUUAGGGGGAUGGGAGGAGCAUAUGUGCCAUAACUGAGUUCAGUAUCCAUUUGCACUAAAUGUGUUAAGAUUGUCCUCGUUAGUAGUGAGACUAUAUGCUUCAGCCCUUUGUUUAAGAAUGAAUUCGUAUUCGAGCAAGGAUAGAAGGUCCUCUGCUUUUUAAGUGAGUUUCCAUAAUUUAUUUUCUGGUGCAUCUUCAUUAUUUUUUUAAUUUUUUCUUUGUAGACUCAAGUAAUUUGGUGUCUACCGAUAAUGGUUACAAAUUUAACUUCCCAAAGCAUUCCUAAACACAGGGUAACUAUUGUAACCAAGCUACUCACAACAGCUCAGGGCAGUGAAUGGUGUGCAUAAAUGCAAAAGGACCUCUGUCGGUAUAAAGUUAGCAUUGAUCUGUUUUUCUCUAUAUGUCACAUUUGGUUUGGGGGGGGGUGUCUAAUUUUGUCUAUGAACCCCAGAUUCCACGUGGUCCUCUGAAAACGUUGCUGUAAUUUUCAUCUGUGCUUCUUGCAAUAUCCAUUUGUACACUCCUUCCCAGUCUGCUGAAGAUCACGCUGCUUCUGGAAUUCCUUGAGAGAAUUCCUGAAUGGCCCAUUUUCACACCCUUUCCCUUGUAUAUUGAAUACCAUUGAAAUCACUAUACUGCAAGUUUAAAAUGAGGAUGAGUUACGGCGGGAAGGCCUGCCUUCCUGAACGGAGGUCAUUUUUAAAAGAUUCCAUCCUCAUGUGUAUAGCACAGUCCAAUCUUUUUAACUUUUGUCUACCUGGUUCUAAACGGUACAUGCUUCACUUUACCUACGCCGCAAGUCUGGAUCUAAAGUUUUAGGCUGCAGGCAAAUGUCUCCCUAGGAUUUACUUCUGAGUAGAUGCAUAUAGGAUUGUACUUCUAAACUGAAAACUUUGCACAGACUGUUGACCGCCUCUGAAAAUAGGCCGAGGUAAAAUGUAGAUGUUAUCCUGAACUGUCUUGGCAGCGGAAGGUGUCUGUCUUCCCUGUCCAAUUACUUAAAGUAUUCUGUAAAUGCCAUUGUAAGAAUGAGCUACAUCUAUAUUUAAAAAGAAUUAAGAGCAUUGUUAAAUAAAGAAAUAUAUCUGAAGACUU